UUCAUAAAAAGUGGAUGCUAACUGAUGUAAACAAAAUAAACACGGUACAAAACAAUUGAUUAAAUACGAACGAAAGUACCAAGUGAAUAAAAUUAUGCUCUAAUUAAUUAUGGAAUUCUAAAUUAAGCCGGAUAAAGCAUAGUAUUGCAAAGCAGUGUAACAACAACGAUAUAACCUUUAAUUGCAUGCCCGACAGCAGUACAUAUUUUUUACACACAAAAUGAAUCGUUCCGACUCGAUUAGGCGCGAUCGCUCCUUCGACAGCGUUCUUAACAAGUUGAUGCGUAUGCGUUCGCAGAAUCAUGAAACCUUCAAAGCAGCCAUGUACAAUUUUUUAAUAGCUGCCGGCAUUGCAGCAUUUAUUGCCGUCUGCUUUAUACUAGGUCCUUUCGUGCGUCCUUUACUCUGGGCAUUCCUGAUGGGAGCAGUGCUCUUUCCUUUCAAAAGACGCUUAGCGCAAUUGCUGAAUGGUUGGUUUGAGCGCUUGGAGCAACGUGACUCUAAUGUGUUGGUAUCAAUAUGUUUGGCACCGCUUGAAGCUACCGAACAUUGUGGUAGUUUAGUGGUGAGUUGGCUGCACGAACACUGGCAAUUGUUGACAGCAGGCGUGGGCGUAGCUACUUGUAUCAAAUUGUUGGUGCUAUAUGCACCCAAAGGGUUCCUGUGUGCCGUUUGGCGUUUUGUAGUUUUCUCGCAUAGUACUUUCGUGCAGUUAAUAGGUUUUCUUAAUAUCUACCUGUUAAUUGCAAUAAUUGUUGUAUACUUGACGUCGGUAUAUUUCUUGUGGAGACCAGAAAAUAGCACCAAGUUCGUCAUGGCUGGCCAGUCGCUUUGGGUGGCUAUAGUUAGUUAUGGUUGCAGCUUUUUAGGCGCACUACAAGUACCUGCCUUUAUUUUGAUAAUGUUGUAUGUAGGUGUAUCAAUUAUAUACCAUAUGCGCACUGCGGAAGGAUCUAGCAGUUGUAUAGAAAAAUUAAAAAAGUUGCUAGACAAAACUGACUUUGAAAAGUCAGUAAGCAACAUCAGUGUGAAGAAGCAAAGUUUGCAUUCCGACGUCGAAGAUGUCUCCUUGAGCGAAACAUUGGAUUCGCUGGACAAUACUGAGUUGUUAGAUGAAAAUGAGGUGCCACACCUAAGUGGCAUCUACUUCAAAUGCUUAUUCUACGCAUGCGUAGCAACAUUUUUGUAUCGCAAUGUUUGGAUGUUCAUAUUGGCCGCCAUACCCAUAUCGCUGCAUUUGUUAUACACGUUGGGCAAUGUGACUGGCUUUACGGCGUUCAUAUCAAAUAAAAUCAAUGAAGCCUAUGAAAACUUAAAGAGUUGGGCUAUUGAACAUCAUUCUGCCGUACUGCCGCUCUGUUUGCCCGGUGUACUUGAAUUGAAUUACAAAAUAAACGCCAUAAUACGCGAUUCAUUAAAGUCCUCUGUUGACUUGGUCACUUCUAUACUGAUGAUAAUACUCAUGUUGUUAAUUAUCGUCUUUCUUGGCGUAUUUUUCUGUGUCAAUAUCUAUUCGGAAACCAUUGAAGUUGCUUACUUGGGCAAAGAUCUGAUAAACAAAACAAUUACUGAUCGUCCGGAAUUGAUCGAUAUAUUACCUGAGAAUAUACAGUCAUCCAUCGAUGAUGCCUUGGAUAAUGCGCAUCAUUAUGGGCGUCGGAAAAUCGAAACGUACAUCGAUGAUUGGCUAGCCGAAGCCGAUUCCGUACAUGCCACUAAGCUAAAGGAACAAAUUUUAGAUGUCUGGGAUCGUUUAAUACAGUACUGGAUUGAUGUUAAUAAAUCUGACUCGGCUUAUGGACCACGUGUGCCAACAGAUGCCCUCAAAACGACUUUCGGUGAAAUUGUUGAUAAUCCUGGACAUUUUAAAGAGCUAGUUUUAGUGGCAAAACAGGGCAUUAUCGGCUGGGCGAAGAGCAACACACAAACCAUACUGGAAGUGGCUGAAUCUCUGUGGCACAUCAUACGCACGAAUCUCUCGAUGAUCAUGAGCUUUACGGGUGAUAUUUUAUCUUUGCUACUGUCUGGCGGUCAAGCGUGUGUGGAGUUCAUACUCGAUAUGAUUGUCUUCUUUACCGCGCUAUUCUAUUUGCUUUCGAGCAGUAAUACGAAAUAUGCGCCACUACAGGUUACCAAAUAUUUGGGCUUCUCAACGUCCGGCUCUAAAAUCGCCGAUGCUUUGGAGAAUUCCAUUUCGGGCGUACUAAUCUCCAUGUUUAAGUGUUCCAUAUUCACCGGUCUCUUCACAUGGCUGGUGCAUACAGUGUUUGGCGCGCGCAUUGUCUUCCUGCCAUCGGCGCUGGCGGCCAUUUUGUCGGCAGCACCAUUUUUGGGCAGCUAUUGGUGUUCGCUGCCGGCUUUGUUAGAGUUGUGGUUGGCGCAAGAUCGCUUCUAUGCCGGACUUGUGCUCUUUCUACUGCAAUUCUUCGUGCCACCGUAUUUCGAGGCCGCCAUCUAUGCGGAGAUGAAGGGCGGUGGACACCCAUAUUUGACUGGUUUGGCUAUCGCCGGCGGCAUGUAUUGGAUUGGCUGGCAGGGUGCGAUCUUCGGCCCGUUAAUGCUUUGCUUCUUCAUAGGCAUAUUUGAAGUGGCUGCCGUAGCCAUGCGUGCCAACGAAGAUGCAAGGCGCAGCUCCGAUGAGGACACCCGCGCGACGUGAGUUGCCUAACAAACGCAUUGACACAUGCUAAAUGACAUGAGCAUCUAACGCAAAUAACAGUACAUCGCAUUAAAGUGUAUUUAUCUUAAUGCCAAAAACAUGCUGCUUUUAACACUUUUAGGCUAAUACAACAUUAACUUAUAACAGCUGAUUAUUUAAUACUUACAUAACAAUCCAUAAACAUUCAUUGGAUUAAGGGCUAACGUGCGUAUGCGCUGAUUUAACAAAAAAAUUUAACGAUUCAUUUGAAAAAAAAAUAAAAAUUUGAUGUUUGCAUUAAAUUCCAUUUCACCACAUCAUUUUGGAUUUUAAAGUUUCAAAUUGCAUUGCCUUAUUAUCCCUUUGUAUUUUCAGCGAACGCAGACAUUCCUUUUAUGACUAUUAACACUAAAUAAACUAAAAAGAAUUUUAAUUGCAAGAAAAAAUUUUCCGAAUUUUCCAAUGAAUGUAUUAAUGUUAAACAAUUGGCAUAACUACCUCGAAUAGUUUGAUAAAGACAUUAUCAACUGAUGCUGUAACUAAUGUACUAAACUCCUAUAUGCUAUAUACAUAUAUUUAUGUAAGCUUACAAGUUGUACGCAAUCACAGAAAAUUUUGAAAUAUAAAACUACUUAAAUAAUGAUAAA